UUUUUUAAUUUGGAAAAAUUGAGGAGGCGGGCGGACGACUGGGCUUCUUGAAUUACCCACUGUCAGUGGCGGAUCUAGGAAGUUGAUAUAGAGGAGGCAAGGGAAAGACUUUUACAGAUUGAGAGUCCAUAACACCUCAGCCCCACCAUGGUUGGGAUGAGGAUUCAUUUUUUUGUGAAUGUUAUCAUUCAUCCAGUAAAUUAGUAACCCCAGUUUGAACCGAAAAGGAGGAUUCCGUAUUCUGCUAUCUAUGGCUUGGGACGCGGGUGCUGCGCAGCAUUCUUCGCCAUUUUACUCGUAACCAAUCCAACGGUCAGUCGUUUAAAGAAGACGUUUAGCCAGCGGAGCCGGACGGAACGCCAUUCAUUAAUAGUACUAUAGGCGUCUCUCUAGCAACGGCAUAAGUAGUGCAGUCGCAUGGAGGAAUUGUUUUCCAAGCUGUUGAUGUCUUGCCAUGAUAUCCGUCCUGGUGACUUGGUUAAGGUGAAACGUUGGAAGCCAAUUCCCUACUGGCAUUGGGGAGUGUAUAUUGGUAAUGGUGAGGUCAUCCACCUGUCUGGAGCAGAGUUCAAUAUCAAAGCAAAAGAUACAGCAUAUGUCCAUCGGGUGAGCUGGAAAGAAUUUCUAGAUGGUGAUGACAGAUGGGAUUAUAUCCCAUGCCCCUAUGACCUCGAUCGUGCAGAAGUUGUCAGACGAGCAAAAAGAGCUGAAGGACGCCUGUUUAGAAAUCGGCCAUAUGAUCUCAUUAGUAACAACUGUGAGCAUUUUGCACGUUGGUGCCAUGGCAAGGCGGAGAGUAAGCAAGUGCAAGACGUUGCCAAGUGGGCAGCCAUUGGUGGUGCUGUUGUCUUAGGAGCCGGAAUAUUAGCUGCAGCCGUUCUUCCAGAUGACAAAGAGGAGAAACAAAAAGAAAAGCGUCAGUACUAUCAUUAAGACAUAUAUGCCUACAUACAAAGAAAAUAGAAUAUAUACAGUAAAAUUAUAAUUUCUUAUACUUACAGAAUUUUGCCCCACCGUUUUGUUACAUCAGAUAUUGUUCAUGAAUUAAACAAUAACUUUUAUCACUUAUAACUUGAUGCACACAAUCUAUUUGUUAUUUUAUUCACUUCCAUGUUAAUUCUAAUUAUUAGGUCAAUAUCUAGUAAAAAUUGAUUAAAAAAAACAAAACCAAAAAACAAAAAAAAAGACAAAAAAAAAACCCUGAAAGACAGACUUGUUCUUUGACCUUGUACAAGUUUUAAUGGUUUUUUUAAUAUCAUGUCUUAAAAAUACUUGUUUUGAAGAUUAAGAAAAAUAAGAAAAUAAAUAAAUUAUUACAUUAUAGUGAUGUUAAAAUGAAAGAUUAUAUUUGUCAUCAUAGUUAUUAAUACCCCUUGGUAGUAAGUAAAACAGUGUUUGGGUGC